AAUGGUGGCGCCCUUUGUUGAAAUGCCUUCAACAUGUACGACAGAAUUGCUCCUAAAAUAUCUUUUUUUUUUCAGAAAUUUGAGUAUAAUGUAGAAAUACUGAGAUGAGUUACGUAAUGCCUCAAGGCAAUGUGAUUAAAAGUGCAAGAUUUAGCGGACUAUCAGCCGCGCCUGAAAAAAAUAAAGUGUUGGGAGAGUCCUUGCCACAACUGUUAUCAAAACGCUUGCCCAAGUCAGCUUAUGCAACUUUGGAGGCUUGCAGUAAAGUUAGCGAGGAUGACACAGAUAGUAUUCCACAUCGCUUGCCUAAGAUUUUCAAACAUAGACCUGAAACAGUACCUGGUGAUACCAUAUCUAGAAGACUAUCAAAUAACAUGAUACACUUAGAUGAACGACAAACUAGAUUUCUGGAGGUAAAUAAACUGCCGAAUCCGCCACAUACGAUCUGUCUCUUAUACACAUCAGAUGUGUAUAAGAGACAGUUGUUGAAAUGCCUUCAACAUGUACGACAGAAUUGCUCCUAA